GAAGACGCUUUGGGCUUUCGAGGAAUUGAUGAUUGAGUUCCAGGAGAAGUCUCUCGAAAGCCGAGUGGAAUCUGUGUUGUUAAUGGAGGCGGAGGGAGCUCGAGUGGAGAACCGGAGCCUCAAGUUUGAUGAGGUGUCAAUGGAGAGAAGUAAGAGCUUUGUUACUGCAUUGCAGGAUCUCAAGAACCUAAGGCCCCAACUAUACUCUGCUGCAGAAUACUGUGAGAAGUCUUACCUUCACAGUGAGGAAAAGCAAAUGGUGUUGGACAAUCUUAAGGAUUAUAGUGUACGGGCUCUAGUGAAUGCAAUCGACCACCUUGGUACAGUUGCUUACAAGUUGGGUGAUAUCCUGGAACAACAGACAUCGAACAUCUCAUCAAUGGAGCUGAAAGUUACAUGUCUAAAUCAGCAACUUCUGACAGGUCAAAUAUAUACCGAAAAAGAAGGCCUUAGGCAACAGCAAUUAUUAGCUAUCAUCCCAAGGCAUCACAAACAUUACAUAUUGCCAAAUUCUGUGAACAAGAAGGUGCACUUUAACCCACAUAUACAAACUGAUCCGAGGCAACCUACACUAGCAAGAGCCCGUCUUUAUCCUCCAGGUGCUACAGCUGCAAAUACUCUCUCUUGGCAUUUAGCAUCUGAAACCAAGUCGACUCUGAAAGGCUCUGUACGUGGUAUUAUAAGUAACGAGGGCUCGCAAACAUAUGGGAAAACUUCAGGAGCGUUCAGCAUGUUAGAUAUUGAAGAGAAUGCAUGGAUGAGAUCCACACCGGCUUCAAGUGUAGAAAUGCAAACACGGGGUGCUGUACAACGGGAUCUUCUUGAGGGAUCGAAACCUCUGACUCCAUACCGGUCAUUUGACAAUCCUACUCAAAGAGAAAUAAUUAGGCCCCCUGUUCGCAGUAGAAGUGUCCUCUCAGCUUUCUUCGUCAAGCAUAAGACUCCAAAAUUGAGGACGGGUGCAUAGCUCCUUGAUCAAUAGACCGUGUUUAGAUGUUCCAUCUGGUUAGAAGCUGUCAAUAUGGACAUCUUCUUUUGAUAUACUGUUUACUAGCUAGCAGUUCGCUGUAUCAUAUCAUCCAAUCUUUCCUUUUAUGCAUCAAUAAAACGUAGAGAAGAUGUUGAGAGUUUUAAAUUUUUGAUGUUAUAAGUAGUCUAGUCUUGUACAUGUUGAAUUUGAUCAGACAGCUCUGUUUUCACUUCAUAGCUCGUUUUUUUUGUGUUAA